AUGUCUUCUUCGUCCUCAGCACCAGCUGCAACAGCUACCGUCGAUGUUCAGCCCAUUCUCACACUAAAGGGCAAGACUAUCGCAGUUACCGGGGCAAAUCGCGGCAUUGGUCUGGGAGUUGCCGAGUGUUGUCUUCUCAACGGUGCUGACAGAGUCUACUCUAUUGACCUUGCGGAACCUGGCGAGGAGUUCGAGGCUGCCUCCAAGCAGUUCCCCGGUCGUCUGUUCAGUAUUCAGGCAAAUGUUACCGAAGAAGAGAGCAUAACGGCCGCCAUUGACAAAAUUGUUGAAGAGGCGGGUGCCAUCCAUGGCGUAGUAUGCAAUGCGGGCCGUACGAAUCACAAGGCUGCGCUUGACUUUACAAAGGAGGAAAUUGAAAGUUUGUUUGGCGUUAACUUAUUUGGCGCUUUUUACACUGCCAGAGCCGCUGCAAGGGCAUUUAUCAAGCUCAACAUCAAGGGAUCGGUGGUUUUCACAGCAUCCAUGGCGUCGUACCGUCCAAACAAGCGAGUGCCCUCGGCACCUUAUGGCGCCUCGAAAGCUGGUAUCCGCAACAUGGCGCACACCCUUGCCAUGGAAUGGGCCAAGUACGGCAUCCGUGUUAACAGCGUUUCUCCUGGGCUUGUCCGCACUGCCAUGACCUACUGGGUGCCUCAACAGCCCGACUGGGAGCAGCAGUUGAAGUACUACGGAGGCAUCCCAAGACUAGCGGAAGUACAAGAGCUUGGUGGCGCAUACGUAUACCUCCUUAGCGACGCCGCCAGCUAUACGACGUCGAUAGAUAUCCCGGUCAACGGUGUAAUUGGAAGUAAGUAG